AAAAAAAAAAAAAAAAUUUCCCAUAAAACUAAAAGGAGUCCAAAUUAUCGACUAUUUUAAGGGGUGUUUCAUCAAUUCAAACCCCAGUGACACUAAAAAUUUUGACCGACAAUACAAAGGCUGCUUUGCAACCUUCUUGUGUAUCUGAAUAAGAAAGAGUGAAGAGAGAGAGGAGAGAUGGAUAAUUUCAACGCAGGAGGAGGAGGAGGAAAUUGGAGUAUGAUCCCAUCCAUCCCGACCCACAGCCACAGUAACACCUCCACACCUUCCAAUCAAGACCACCUCUACCUCAAUCCCCAGCAACCACAAUCACAAUCACAACAGUUUCAACUUCAUCCACAACAACAACAACAAAUGCACUAUCAGCAGCAGCAGCAGCAACAACAACAACAACAGCGUAUCCUUCAACAACAACAACAGCAGCAGCAACAGCAACAACAGCAACAGCAACAGCAUCAGCACCAAUCACUCGCCUCUCACUUCCACCUCUUACAUAUGGUGGAGAAUUUAGCGGAAGUUAUUGACCAUGGAACCAGGGACCAGCAAUCAGAUACUUUGGUGGCUGAGUUGAACACACACUUUGAGAAGUGCCAGGUGCUGUUGAAAUCAAUUGCGUCUUCAAUUCCCACCAAGGCUAUGACGGUUGACAGUCAGAAGCGGAAGCUGGAGGAAAGUGAGCAGUUGUUGAAUCAGCGGAGGGAUCUGAUUGCAAAGUACCGAAGCUCUGUUGAAGGACUUAUCAAGUCCGAGCCAUAACCCUAUCACCCUUGUUAUAUGUGGUCUAGUUGCUUUCAGAGCAUUCUAUACAAGCUCCCAAGUUCUAAAGGAAAGCCAGAGGUCCUAGAACUGUGGGAUUAGAUUUGUUUCUGCAGUUCUUCAUGUGCUAUGUUGUUAUUGUGUUUACCUAUUAACAUGUAUGACAGCUCCAUGAAAUGGUCAUUGGUUGAUCCAGAUUUAAUGAGACACUUCGGUGACCUAAAA